GCGGCGAAGAUGGCGAGUGGCGGCGGCCUGAUGAUGAAGAAGGAGCUGGGCGAGACCCACGACGUCCUCCGCUUCAGCGUCAACGACAGCCUCCGCGGUGACCUCGCGCCGGCGCACCCCGUCCAGGCCACCAUCCACAAGGAGGCCAAGUUCUGGGACGAAAAGAAUAAGUUCGGGACCGAGGCCAUCUACGGAUCCGCCUUCAACAUCCGCAGGGAUCUCGAUGCCCAGAUCCUCUCCAGGUACCAGCUCGCUCACAUCAAGGGGCAUAUUGCUUUAUCAGCUGUACCUGAAAUGCAUGCCAAUAUAAGUUCUAGUUCUAGUGGAGUGCACAACUGCAGUCAGAAACAAAUAAAAGACUCUGGACCAACAAAGGAACGAGAAGAUUCAGUGAAAAUUACACUGAAGGACAAUGGCAUGAGGAUUUUGUUUAAGUAG